AUGCCCACUCCCAGCUCCGCCUCGCCCCAGGCCAAGGGCUUCCGCAGGGCGGUCUCCGAGCUGGAUGCCAAGCAGGCCGAAGCCAUCAUGUCCCCACGCUUCGUCGGGCGGCGACAGAGCCUCAUCGAGGACGCUCGCAAGGAGCGGGAGAAGGCCGAGGCCUUGUCGGCCGCCUCCUCGGAGCCCGGGGACCCCCUAGAGGCCGCAGUGUUCAAGGACAAGGACGGGAAGGCCGUGCUGAAUCUGCUCUUCACCCUACGGGGCGCCAAGGCCGCGUCUCUGUCCCGGGCCGUGAAGGCAUUUGAGACGUUUGAGGCCCAAAUCCACCAUCUGGAGACCCGGCCCGCCCAGAAGCCACGGGCAGGGGGCCCCCACCUGGAGUACUUUGUGCGCUGUGAGGUGCCCAGCGCCGACCUGCCCGCCCUGCUCAGCUCUGUGCGCCGGGUGGCGGAGGACGUGCGUGGCGCUGGGGAGAGCAAGGUCCUCUGGUUCCCGAGGAAAGUUUCUGAGCUGGACAAGUGUCACCAUCUGGUCACCAAGUUUGACCCUGACCUGGACUUGGAUCAUCCGGGCUUCUCGGACCAGGCGUACCGCCAGCGCCGGAAGCUGAUCGCGGAGAUCGCGUUCCAGUACAAGCACGGCGACCCUAUUCCCCGCGUGGAAUACACGGCCGAGGAGACUGCCACCUGGAAGGAGGUCUACACCACCCUCAAGGGCCUCUACGUCACACACGCCUGCCGGGAGCACCUGGAGGCCUUCCAGUUGCUGGAGCGCUUCAGCGGCUACCGGGAGGACAGCAUCCCCCAGCUGGAGGAUGUGUCCCGCUUCCUGAAGGAGCGGACGGGCUUCCAGCUGCGGCCCGUGGCCGGCCUGCUGUCCGCCAGGGACUUCCUGGCCAGCCUGGCCUUCCGAGUGUUCCAGUGCACCCAGUACAUCCGACACGCGUCCUCGCCAAUGCACUCCCCCGAGCCGGACUGUUGCCAUGAGCUGCUGGGGCACGUGCCCAUGCUGGCCGACCGGACCUUUGCUCAGUUCUCCCAGGACAUCGGGCUCGCGUCCUUGGGGGCUUCUGAUGAGGAAAUCGAGAAGCUGUCCACGCUGUACUGGUUUACGGUGGAGUUCGGGCUGUGUAAGCAGAAUGGCGAGGUGAAGGCCUACGGCGCUGGGCUACUGUCCUCCUACGGGGAGCUCCUGCACUCCCUGUCCGAGGAGCCUGAGAUCCGGGCCUUCGACCCCGACGCCGCAGCCGUGCAGCCCUACCAGGACCAGACCUACCAGUCCGUGUACUUUGUGUCUGAAAGUUUCAGCGACGCCAAGGACAAGCUCAGGAACUACGCUUCCCGCAUCCAACGCCCCUUCUCUGUGAAGUUUGACCCGUAUACCCUGGCCAUCGACGUGCUGGACAGUCCCCAUGCGAUCCGGCGCUCCCUGGAGGGCGUCCAGGAUGAGCUGCACACCCUCACCCAUGCGCUGAGCACCAUCAGCUAGGAGCAGUGGGAGGGGCCCGAGGUCUCCCCACCCCUCCCUAGCCUCCCCCUGGCCCCUGCCCGCGUGAGGGGCUGGAUCACUGGGCACCCCGAGAGCCCGCCAGAGACCCUCCCUGCUGGAGGGCACCCCGUGGACCCCCACCCCACUGCUUCUCAGCUCUGCCUGCUGUGUCCUUGCCCCUCCCAUGCUGCCCACGCCGCCCACUCGCAACCUCAAUAAAAGAAAGAAUCCCUCUGA